AUGAUAGUUUGCCUAUUAGGUUAUAGAACUUGUACUGAAACUAUUCAAAUAAAUACUGCUUUAAAUUUUGAUUUUUGUUAUUUUCCUCAGGAUGAAAUUAUUGAUAAUGAAUUGGAAACUAAUUUUAGAUCAAAUGAUAUAGGGCUUUUUACUAAUUGUACACUUACUGAUGCUGAUAAAAAGCUUGUGCUUAGAAAUGUGUGGGUACCAAAUGUAAAUUAUGAGUUUCCAUUGUUGGAAAAAUAUAAAGCAAGAGGUCUGAAAUUUCAAUAUAAAUGGUUCACAGAAUUUAAUUGGCUUGUUUAUUCAGAAAUUAAACAAGGAGUUUUUUGCAAAUACUGUUUGCUUUUUGCUAAAUAUGGCGGUAUUGGUGGCCAGCCUCUGGGGCAACUAGUUUCAACUGCUUUUUCAAACUGGAAAAAAGCAAAAGAGGUGUUAAAUUAUUUUCUAUACAUUUCGAAAUCAUUCCAAGUUGAAAUACCAUUUAUCGUCUGUAUUAGAUGCUGA